AUGGUGAGGGUGUCGGUGGUGUGCUGCCUCAAGCUGCUGCUGCUGCUCGCCCUGGGCGGGGUGACCAUGCACGUGCCGGACGAGGGCGUGCUCGCGCCGCUGGGCCCGCUGCGGCUCGACGGCCACCUCAGCUUCCACGACCUGGCCACCGCGGCCCGGGACUUCGGCAACCGCUGCAGCCUGCUGCCGGCCGCCGUGCUGCACCCGGGCUCCGUGGCCGACGUCGCCGCCGCCGUGCGCCGCGUGUUCCAGCUGGGCGAGCGCUCGCCGCUCACCGUCGCUGCGCGCGGACACGGGCACUCGCUGCUGGGCCAGUCCCAGGCCGCCGGCGGGAUCGUCGUCCGGAUGGAGUCACUCGGGGGCAGCGCCAUGAUGCGGGUGGUGCAGAGCGGAGGCGCCGGGGUGCCUGCCUAUGUCGACGCCCCCGGAGGCGCGCUCUGGAUCAACGUGCUGCAUGAGACGCUCAAGCACGGGCUGGCGCCCAAGUCGUGGACCGACUACCUCCAUUUGACUGUCGGCGGCACCUUGUCGAAUGCCGGGGUCAGCGGCCAGGCGUUCCGGCAAGGACCGCAGGUCAGCAAUGUCAACCAGCUGGAGAUUGUGACAGGGAGAGGAGAUGUCGUCACCUGCUCGCCCGAGGAGAACUCCGACCUCUUCUACGGCGCUCUCGGCGGCCUGGGCCAGUUCGGGAUCAUCACCAGAGCCAGGAUCGCCCUCGAACCUGCACCAAAGAUGGUGAGGUGGAUCCGGGUCCUCUACUCGGACUUCGCGAGCUUCACCGAGGACCAGGAGGCGCUCAUCUCGGCGGAGGAGACCUUCGACUACAUCGAAGGGUUCGUGAUCAUCAACCGGACGGGCAUCCUCAACAACUGGAGGACGUCGUUCAAGCCGCAGGACCCGGUGCAGGCGAGCCACUUCCAGUCGGACGGGAAGGUGCUCUACUGCCUUGAGAUGACCAAGAACUUCGACCCUGAUGAGGCUGACAUCAUGGAACAGGAGGUUGGUGUGCUGCUGUCUCGGCUGAGAUACAUACAGUCAACCCUCUUCCACACCGACGUCACGUACCUCGAGUUCCUGGACAGGGUGCACUCCUCCGAGCUCAAGCUCAGGGCCCAGGGCCUCUGGGAGGUUCCACACCCAUGGCUCAACCUCCUCAUCCCGAGAAGCACCAUCCACCGGUUCGCGCGGGAGGUCUUCGGCAAGAUCCUGAAAGACAGCAACAAUGGCCCCAUACUCCUCUACCCAGUAAACAGAUCAAAGUAA